AUGAUCAAAGAUGAUGAUGAUACCAAUCAUGAAGCUCAUGACGAUGAUGCUGAUCAAAAUGAUGUUGAUGUUGUCGCAGAUGAUGACAUGGAUCAAAAUCAUGAUAUUGAUGAUGACGAUGAUGACAAUCAUGAAGAUAAUGAUGCUGCUGAUGAUGAUAACACUCAUGAAACUAAUGAAUAUGAUGUUAAUGCUGUCGAUGAUGUCAAUGAAGAUGAUGUUGAUGACAAUGACGAAGAUGAUGAUGACAGUCAUGAAGCUAAUGAUGAUGAUGUCGAUGAUGAACAAAGCGUACAGAAUAAUGAAGAAGCUGUGAAAGAUCAACUGAAUCAGUUUGAACAAGGAUUUGCUGAACAAAAGACUCUUGAUGAUGAAGUAAAAGAUAUUACAGACCUGUCUCUGGAACAUUUGCUUAGUGAUAUCAGUACAGAAGACCUCAUCUCUACAGAAGAAAUCAAAGUUUUCUCUUCUGAUAUUUUAGAUGUUGCUAUGCCGAAAGAAGAUACAAAGGAACAGGAAUCACGGACAUAUAAUCCAAGGAAACUACUUGUCUCUGACAUUCCAGCUGAUACUACGAUUUCUGAAAUUGCCGAACUUUUUCCAAAAGCAUCUCAGAUAACUCCGAAUUUACCCCCUGUCAAUCCAGAUGCUACCAAAAGUUACAUACAGAAAAAACCUGCAGUUGAAGCAACAAAGAAUGCUGAACAAGAAAAUAUGCGACAGUAUAAGAAACGUCGCAAACAUGCCUGCAAAUACAAACUUGGAGACCAAAUGCCAAUCCAGCCUGGACUGCAGCUUCGACUGAAACUUAAACUUCGCCCCAAAUUCUUCGGUCCUUAUGAAACAACAAAAGUUCAUCCAUCUGAUUGUUAUGAAGCACGAAAGAUACGCCGUGGAGGCCCCAUUCUCAUAUCCACCCCCAAGCGAGGAUGCCUGGCAGGGCAGGAUGGCCGUGUGGUCAUCCGCCCUCUGCCUACAACGCCUCCCGACACUCAACAUCUGGCAACCUCAGCAGGAGUUAGAUCAUUCUUCAAGCUGAGAGAGAAAAUUCAGAGGAUUCCGGAAGAUGAUGUUAGGAUGCUGCGGAGGAAUCAUCGGUGA